AUGCCGUCCCUACUCCUUGUCGUCUUCCUCGUCGAGCUGGCCGCCCACCUGGUCAACACGCUGGGAGCAUCGGCUGUCAACAACUUGUUAUGGUCGAUAUACACUUCUCUACCGACGCAGACAUCGAAGCAGGCAGCCGAAACGAAAAAGGUGCAAAAGGAGUACCUCGCCGUCCGGAAAGAACUCAACGCCACGAGCAGCCAGGACCAGUUCGCGAAAUGGGCCAAGCUGCGGCGUCAGCAUGACAAGCUCCUGGAGCAGCUUGAAAAGAUGAAGUCCUCAAGUGAGGCCACAAAGGCCAACUUUGACCGCAUCGUAGGUGUGCUGCGCUGGCUCGGCACGUCGGGCGUCAAGAUGCUGCUGCCCUUCUGGUAUGCCAAGCAACCUAUGUUCUGGCUGCCCCGAGGCUGGUUCCCUUACUACAUUGAAUGGGUCCUGUCUUUCCCCCGCGCACCCGUGGGCAGCAUCAGCAUCGCGUCGUGGCAGCUUGCGUGCACGGGCGUUGUCAUGCUCGUCAGCGAUACGAUAAUUGCCGUCUUGGCUCUGAUCCAGCAGGCCAGGCUCGAGAAGAUGAAGGAGCCGGCUGGCAAGGAAGCUGCCGGGAUUAAGAAGAAGGAGGCUCCGAUGGCUGCCAGCGCUGGGGCGGACGAGGGCAAGAAGGAGCUUUGA